UCGCCCUAUAGAAAAACCUUCCGAGGGUAUUCUCGUUGAUGGAAUAGGUACUCCGGAGUGGGCGAUUCAUGGCGCCGGUGACUAGCCAUCGGCAACGCACUGACAGUGUGGAGUUGACCCCGGAUACCACCAGCAGAAGUGGAAUAACGGUGCGAUAUGUGGGCUACCAAGCGAACCCGAAUCAAUAAUGUUAUGUUGACAGGAAUAAUCACAAAAACCGAAGAAUGAUUGUUGUUCACUGUGACACAUUGCUGGACGACUCGUGGCUGCUGCAUGUGACAAAGCACGUUGAUGGCCGCCGUCCUGAAAGUUCGACAUGCUGUACAACGGGGCCGCCUGGGUUUUGGGGGUGCACAGCCUUUCUACGGCUCAUGAUGAGAAACUUGGAUUCGGAAGAGCGGCUGUCAGUCCCUAGCGAACCGGUCCCCAGAGCGCGACCCGAUGGACCAGCAUGUUGUACCGUAGAUUGCAAAAGGGAUAAGAAUAGCUUUCCGGGGAAAUUGUUGACGUGCGAACCAAAGCACGUCGUAUAUAAUAUACUGUGUUGGUCAGCUCCAGCAAUUGCUUCCACAACGCAACGUGUGCGCCGUUGCCCGUUGGAUACGACAAGAAAACUCCUUGCAGCUCACUCAAUAAUCCUACCGUUCCCCGAAGCGCAAAAGUAGACAAACUCUUCUCCAACCGCGGAACUUUCCAAACCUUAGUAGGGCACGUCACGUCCAACAUGUCGCUAUCUCCGACGCCGCGUGCUGACUACUGCACACAGUAAGCUGAUGACUCUUGGGUGGAUCGCAGCGUCGCUCGCUUCACGUCGGUCCUUUUGAAGGAGGAAUACUCCGUAU